AUGGUCAUUCGCGGAGAUGAGGGAUUAAUUAAUCAAACAAUUGGCGGACUUGUUAAAAAUGACCGCCCUCUACUGUUGGCUUUCUACUCGGUGGAUUGGAGUCUUGAUCACAGAGUUGCCACUGAGAUCUAUCGUCAAAAAAUUGUUGAGGUUGCUAAAGACAAUGAAUUUGACGAGCUCCUCUUCGCCAUCGCCGAUGAGGAUGAAUUUGCAAAUGAGCUGAAGCAGCUUGAGCUCGAUGACAGCGGUGAGGACAUCAACGUUGGGAUAUUUGGGGCUGGUGGACUGAAGUACAAACUGGAACCGGAGGAUGAGUUUGAAUCAGAAGUUCUCAGGGAUUUCAUCAGAUCAUGGCAGAAUGGUGACAUAAAACCUGUCAUCAAGUCCCAGCCCAUUCCAAAGAAAUCCAAAGCAGCUGUCAAGACCGUCGUCGGGAAAACAUUCGAGAAAAUCGUCCUGGAUAAGUCAAAAGACGUCCUUAUUGAGUUUUAUGCACCGUGGUGCGGACAUUGUAAAAAAUUAGAGCCGGAAUACAAGAAAUUAGGCAAGAAAUAUGCAAACACCAAGAACCUAGUCAUCGCUAAGAUGGACGCUACUGCCAAUGAUAUAUCAAAUCCAGCGUACUCAACCACAGGAUUUCCGACAAUUUAUUUCUCAAAAGCAACAGAUAAGAACAAUCCUGUCAAGUUUGAAGGCGGCGAUAGGUCAGUAGAAAAAUUUAGUGAAUUUAUCGAGGAGCAUGCUACAGUAGCACAGCUUCAAGACAGAGAUGAGUUAUAAUGUGCCUAUUUGUUUUAUUUUGUUAAUUAAGGUUAUGUCUGAAUUCUUUGCUUGUUUUACAUUCAUUUCAGCGGUGAUUGACUUUUUCUACUAUCAAACUUGAUGAAAUCAGUUUUUAGAUUAUUUAUUUCAUUUGCCUGUGGUUUCUAUAAUUUUGGGUACUUGGUGGAGAUGUGUUUCAGAUUAUCAGUACAGUGAUUUUAAACAGUGGAGAUUAAUACAUAUACCUGCUGAAUUGUAUCCCAUUCUCAACAAGAUGUGUACAACUUUUUACACAAGAAUUUUUCUUUUUAGUCAUCAUUUGUAUCACUACAUGUGUGUGCCACCUUUAUAAAGUUUAUAUACGUUACAAAUGUAAGAAAUAUACAAUAGCCAUCACACUCAUAUUAUUCUUUCACUCUGUUAACAUACUUAUUUCAGGAACAGAAAGUAAUAAACAUCAUCUGAAAUAUA